AUGGGUGGUAGCAAGUCCUCUUCCACGAAUGAUUACGGAGUUGGUUUACCAAAAUGUGGGUGCAAUAUGCCAAUGAAGAUGUGGGUGUCCAAGUCAAUUGAUAAUCCAGGAAAGAAAUUCUGGAAAUGCAAGAACAUGAUGGAUAAGUGUGGUUUGUUCUUGUGGGAUGAUUUGAUCAAAGGAAAAGACCCUAAUCCAUCCAGAUGCUUGCAGUGUGAUGGAGAGAAGAAAUACUUGAGAGAAUUGGCUAAUGAGAUCGUGGACGAGAUGGAAUGCAGAGCUAGAAUGCACAAGAAAAUGGAAAAACAAAAGAGAAAGAUUGCGAAUGAGAGGAAAAAUUUCUGGUUGAUGGUUAUAAUUGGCCUGUCUUGGAUUAUGUUUUCCGCUUUAAUUAAGUUAGUAUAG